AUGUCCUGUUUUUCUAAUCAAAGCAUCCUUACGCCGCUUUCCAAGCUCAGAGGCAACAUUUCAUCGUCUUUGUCUUCUGCUAGUCGGCUAAUAGUUCUUCUGACAACAGGUUCAUUCAAUCCGAUACAUACAUAUCAUGUUCACAAUCUCGAACUAGCCAAGUCAGCACUAGAAAAAUCCUCGCCAAACAACAUAGUCAUUGGCGGAUUCUUGUCGCCAUCACAGGAUCUUUACGUCCGAAGCAAGCUAGGCCGUUUUGCAAUCGACGUUGACCAUAGGAUAACUAUGUGUCAAUUGGCUACGAUGCAUUCAAAUUGGAUCGAUGUCUGCACAUGGGAAGCAAAGGCUAAUGAAGACAAUUUUGUCGAUUUUGUGUACGUAAUUAGACGAAUGCAGGAAUUCUUGCAAGAUCAAAUCAAUCGUAAAGUCUUUGUAUAUUAUGUCUGCGGUAGCGAUCACGCUAUUAGGACUGGCGUUUCUGGCUGUGAUGGUGGACUAGUCAUUGUUGGACGGGCAGUUGGUGACAGUAAUAACCAAAGACGGAAAUGCGAAAAAAUUCUAGAUAUGGUAUACGGGAGAGGGGUUUGGAACGAGUUUACUGUAUAUAUCAAUGGAGAUGGAGGAAAUUAUCACUUGUACGCCGAGUUUGAAACAGGAGGCAAGUCUGUCAACUCGAGAGCAGAAAGAAAUAAAAGCAGCGCAUCAAUCCGUCAGAAAUUUUCAAUCAAAAAGAUUCAAUCAAAAAGAUUCCUCGACAAUACAAAUCGUAGCUGGGCUACCAUCAAACAAACACAUCAUCAACAUCAUCAAACCACCUCGAUUGUAAUAUCAUUCCAAUUAUCAAACAAACAAUACCAUCACAAUCUUCAUCCAACCAAAAUGCAAUACUCUCAAAUCGUUGCUCUUUUCGCUCUCUUUGCUUUGCUCGGUCUUGCCUUCGCCGCACCAUUCGACCGCUCUGUCCACGGAAUCGAGCGACGCCAAACUCAAGCAGAUCUUCAAGGAGACACUGUACCUGUCAAGUCAGAAAACGGCACGCUCGAAUUGUAUAACCCGAAGGACAAUGCCACUUUAACUAAUAGCACUGCUGGACCUUGA